GGAGAGCGGGCGGAGGCGAGCGAGGGCUAUGCUGCGGCUGGCGCACGGCGGGGCUCGGGCCAUCGUGGACUUGUCGUACGCCCGCCACUUCCUGGACUUCCAGGGCUCCGCCAUCCCCCGAGCCAUGCAGAAGCUGGUGGUGACUCGGCUGAGCCCCAACUUCCGCGAGGCCGUCACCCUGCGCCGGGACUGCCCGGUGCCGCUCCCCGGGGACGGAGACCUCCUCGUCCGGAACCGAUUUGUUGGCAUUAAUGCAUCUGACAUCAACUAUUCUGCUGGCCGCUAUGACCCAUCGUUGAAGCCCCCCUUUGACAUAGGUUUCGAGGGCAUUGGUGAGGUGGUGGCCUUAGGCCUCUCUGCCAGUGCCACACACUCAGUGGGCCAGGCCGUGGCUUACGUGACACCUGGUUCCUUUGCAGAGUACACAGUUGUGCCUGCCAGCAUUGCCACUCCAGUGCCCUCGGUGAAACCCGAGUACCUCACCCUGCUGGUAAGUGGCACCACUGCAUAUAUCAGCUUGAAUGAGCUGGGAGAACUGUCAGAAGGGAAGAAAGUUUUGGUGACAGCAGCAGCUGGGGGGACGGGCCAGUUUGCUGUGCAGCUUUCAAAGAAGGCAAAGUGCCAUGUAAUUGGAACGUGCUCUUCUGAUGAAAAGUCUGCUUUUCUGAAGUCUGUUGGGUGCGAUCGCCCUGUCAACUAUAAGACCGAGCCCCUCGGAACCGUCCUGCGGCAGGAGUACCCGGAUGGUGUGGAUGUGGUCUAUGAAUCUGUUGGGGGAGCCAUGUUUGACUUGGCCUUAGAUGCCUUGGCUACCAGAGGGCGCUUGAUAGUAAUCGGGUUUAUCUCUGGCUACCAAAGUCCUGCUGGCCUCUCGCCUGUGAAAGCAGCAACACUGCCCGCCAAGCUGCUGAAGAAGUCUGCCAGCGUCCAGGGCUUCUUCCUGAACCAUUACCUCUCCAAGUACCCGGCAGCCAUGAAGCACUUGCUUAAGCUGCAGGCCAGUGGGGACCUGGUCUGUGAGGUGGACCUGGGAGACCUCUCUCCAGGGGGCAGGUUUGCGGGUCUGGACUCUGUAUUCCGGGCUGUCGAUUAUAUGUACAUGGGAAAAAAUACUGGAAAAAUUGUAGUUGAAUUACCUCACUCUGUCAACAGUAAGCUGUAAAAACUGAACAAUGACAUAAAUCAAAGGAGAAAGAAAACGAGCACUUUAUGCCCGAGAAUUACUCAAAUCCAUUUAUUUUUAGUUUGUGAUAGAUAUAAUAUUUUUUAAAACAAAAGUAAGGUGUUAAUGAAUCUCUCCAUUCCUCCCUCCCUCCCUUUCCCUCUCUCUCUCUCUCUCUCUCCCUCCCCCUCCCCCUCCUUCCUUGGGAAAAAAAGUGCCAAUAAAAGUUCCCUCCAUACUCAGAGGUAAAACGUUUACAUUCGAUUCUUUAGUCAUGGACGGUCUCAUUCCAGAUUUUAUUGUUCCAGGGAAGUAAAUUAAUUCCUGAUGCAGGACCUGAUCGAAUCAGUAUGUCCUCAGCUUGAUGAGAUUUUAAAAUCAGUCUUGAAAACAGUUCACAAAGCUCUGGGAGAGCCUGCUCUUAUGCUAAUGAGCAGCUCAAAAGUGAGAGGUGCCACAGGUCUGCACUGUUGUCACUGUCCUGUCCUCCAGGAUAGGGCCCCCCUUUUUCUGCAGAGCCUUAACCAGCUAUGUACCUAGACAUUUUGGGCAGGAUUCUCCCCAGAUUCAAUGUUGGUAUUAGAUGAUUCCGAAAACACAGACCUGUCUUCCAGAAGUACCCUUUAUUUGAUGGGCUUCAUCCACAGUCAUCCUGGUAAGCUGUGUUGCAGUGUGAGAAAUGUCUCUGUUAUUGUGAGAAGAGAAUUGAUAUUGAAAACUUAUAGACACAGAAAAUAGGUUCUGCAAAGGGAAACCGCAGAGUUUGAAGGGACUUUUAAGAAUUUACGUGCACAGGAAGGGAAAUGCGUGUGCUGUGUUUAUGGUGCAAGUCUGCGUGAUGCAGCGUGGACUGCAGGAGGACACAGCUUAGGCAUACGCAGGGGAUGGUAAUGAGGGAGCACAGGUCACACAGCUCCAUGCUUUCAGGGACUGAGUGUCCAUAAUACUACACUUGCUUCUCAUGGGAGGCUUUCAGACACAGAACAAGGGUCUGAUCUCUGGUCAUGGAAACAGAAUAGCAGUCACUGACCCUCCUGUUUCAUGUCCAGCAUUCUGCUGGAAGGAGAUGGGUUUUGUCACUGCUGCCUGAUGGCACACACCAUCCACCAACCACACAUGAGAAGCAGCGCGACAUGUGCCUUCUCUCCCGAAUCAUGCCAACGCUGAUCCACUUGCCUCUUAACCUCCGGCGCCCGGAGGCUGCUGCUGCUUUCAUCAUUAAGUCGAAAUCCCACAGUGCCUUUCUAAUUGAAGGUGAAGCCCACCAGAUUAUUUUGCAGAGUCUUGGGUUUCAGUGCAUCGAACAUGCUCAAUAAAUAUGAACGCAAUUAAAGAUGCUCCAGGAAAGUUGGGGAGCAGAUGUAAUUCUUCCCUUGCAUCUGAGGAGCAAGGAAAUCCUACUGCUGAAGAGCUGUUAGUAUCUAUUUUACAAGAUUUACUCAUUUUCAGGUACCUAAUGUAGCUGCUAGCAUGCAUGCACAACAAUACAAUUUAUAUGGUAAAUGGAACCAAAUAAUGGCUUCACUGAAUGUUAUGGCUGUACUGAAGGGAAAUGUCACGGUAAAUAGCUGCCAAAUUAUGGAUCAUGCCGAAGUGUCACAACUGCACUAAAGACAAAUAGCACUAGAGGCUAUUGCCACUGUGACGCUUUUGAGUUAUGAAGAAGGGUAGCGGCCUGAUGCGAGGCUCUUUGUGUCCUCAUCAUAGCAAAGGGCUCCUGGUGCAGGGGACAAGAAAGCUCGUCCAAUGUGGUGCUUAGUUAUUAAUCUGUCCCUCUCAGACCUAACAGCUGUGGCAAAACAGAAAGAGACUUUGCCUUGCUCUUGAGUGCGCAAACAAACAAAGCAGGGGAAACAGGUUUUAUGAAUCUAACUGCGCACAGGAAGUGACUGGUAAUGGAAAAAUUUUGUAAUAAAAUAAUCUAAUCAAAGAAUAUUAUUAAAUUUAACAUAGUAUGUGUCUGAAAGGCUUAGUUGCUUCUUAUGCAGAUAGAUGUGUGAAAUCUAAGCAAUAAUGCACUUUCUCCCUCUGUAAGGACUUGACUGAGGACAUUACCAACUAAAUUGCUUCUUCUAAACUGAA